GUCCGGAUUCUGUGAGUCUUAGAUUGAGGCAGUAGGUUUGCCAAUCAGGGGUUAGAGUCUGGAACCGUAAUCCGGUUGUGCACUUGUCACCAUGGUUGAGACCCGUAGUGGGACGAGCACUAGCCCCUACUCCCAGGAGCAACAGGAAAAGAUGGCCGCCUUAGUGAGAGAGAACAAGGAGAGGAAAGAGAUCCAGAAAUAGGCGAAGCUAAAGGCCAUCGCAGAGGAGCAGGCGGCGAAGAUGAAGAAAUUGGAGGAGGAGAUGAAGAGAGUUCAACAGGAGGAGGAAGAGAGGGGAAAGGUUGCCGAAGAGGAAGCAGCAGCCGAGGAAGAAAAAGAGAGAAAACGUAUUGAAGAGAGAGGAGAGAGUAGUAGCAUGAAGAAUAGCGAAGACGCAAAGAUGGAGAAGAAUAUCAGCGAGUGGAUCGCUAACUUAUCACUGGGGGAAGAUGAGGAGGCACAGUUCUAUGUGCCACAAGAUGAGAGGGAUGCAUUGUGGAGGAGUGCAAGAGCACUCACGGGCGUCAUGGACGACUUAGUAGCCGUCCCAGAGUUGUUUUAUCGUGCCAUGCCAGAGCCCCUGCGUGGGCACUUCUUUGACAAGUCUCAACAGGUCGGCAUCACGUAUGAUGUGUUGAGUAGGGAAGUCGUCCUGUUCGAGUCAAAGUCCAUGCCAGUGUCCACUUUCUGGCAUAAGGACCUGGACAAGGGGAAGAAGUGGAAAGGUCGUACCAUCUCAGGCCAAGUGAGGGCCAAGGAUCAUAUGAUCCUUACCUUAGAGGAAGGUGGUACAAAUGAGGUCCCAUACAAUCAGAUCGAAUGGGGCCUUGAGGAGGAGGACAGUAGAGUGGGACAAGGGAGGUCCUAUGCUGCUGUCGUGACUGGAGGGAGGCCGCAAGCUAGAGGAGGAGGCCAGGGCCAAAGGGGCCAGGCCAUGGGAGGCCGAGGACCGGGCGCACAGGGGGUUGGCGGACAAGGGAACCGGCAAGUGGGAGGUAGGGGUCAAGGUCCCCCGCCAAAUCGCCAGGGUUCUUGUCGGUCCCCACAGCGACGAGGUGGAAGGCCACCUAAAGGAGGAUGGCACCCAGGCUUGCCUUAGGGCAGGCCCUGGGAGGAUUUGGGCUUGGACCAGCGCGUAUGGCAGGAACGUGUGGACCAGGUUCAGUGCGUAUUUGUGGUGACCCGGCCCAUGUAGUAAAAUUUUGUCCCAAGU